AUGCCCUCGCUCCUAACCCGCCAGCCCUUCAAAGCCCUCUACACCCUCCUCGCAACGACCGUCGAAUCCAUCCGACUCCCUCUCUACGUCGUCCUCUACAUCCUCCCCUCCACGCGCCCCCACCCAAAAUGGACCUACAAGCAAGCAAUCCUCACCAAGCUCCUCAAAACCUUCCUCCACCACGCCGCCACAGUCGAGAUGCGCGUGCCCCUUUCCCUGAAUCCGGGGAGACAGGGUGAACGAUUCGCCAUCAUCCGUGCACCUGACAGCAGCAUGCAAGAGAAACUGUACAUUGGUCCGCUGCAGGACCCGCACCGCGAGAUCGCACCAGAGGCCGUGGGCGGGACGUGGUACCCUACCCCCUAUCCCCGCUCAAACUCUGACCUCAGGGACACCGAAACAGUUGUCCUCCACUUCCACGGCGGCGCAUACGUCGUCGGCUCCGGCCGCGACGACGACUGCGGUUUCCUCGCCGCGACAUUCAUCCGCCAUGCAGGCGUCGCCCGUGUCUUCUGCCCGCAGUACCGUCUCUCGGGCCCGCCUGUGCACGGCCGCUUCCCAGCUGCGCUGCAGGACGCACUGACCAGCUACCUGUAUCUGAUCCGCGAUCUGGGGAUUCCGGCGAAGCAGAUCGUCGUGUCCGGCGACAGCGCGGGCGGGAAUCUCGUCAUCGCCUUACUGCGGUACUUGGCCGAGUACGGGAGCCAGAUAGGACUAGAGGGGCAGACGCCAGGCGCGGCAUGGUUGUGGAGUCCAUGGGUCAACCCCGGUGCAGCAAUCGAUCCCAAGGCGAUCGAGACGAAUCCGAAAUACCCGACAGAUUACCUCCCCGGCUCGUUCGGCGCGUGGGGGAUCCGCUGCUUCGCGGGCCACGACCCUGUUAGUGGGCGACAGAAGGUGGAUGCGAGCGAUAAGUAUAUCAGUCCGCUGAACCAGCCGUUCAAGACGGAUGUGCCGAUCUGGGUCCAGACGGGCGAGGCGGAGGUGCUGUGUGUGGAGGACUGCAAGUUUGCGGAGGAGAUGCGCAAGGAGAAUGAUGGACAUGUUGGGCUUUGGGUUGAGGAGGGCGCGGUACAUGAUAUUGCGCUCAUUGGGCCGAGGGCUGGGUUUGGGAAGGAGGCGGAAGCGUGUGCGAGGCGGGCGGGGGAGUGGCUUCAGGAGAACGGGAGGCGUUAG